GCGGCGGCGGCGGCGGCGGCUCGGGAGCGGCGCCGGGAGCAGCUGCGGCGCUGGGAGGAGGCGGCGGCGGCCGCGCCCGCCGGGCCCGAGCCUCGGGCGGGGCCGCCCCGGGUCCGGUUCGAGCGCCAGGCCGAGUUCCGCGCCGUGUGCGCAGGCGCAGAGCUCGCCGAGGCGCGCGCCAUGGUCAUGGCGCCCGAGGGGGGGGGGCGCGCGCUGCUGGGCGGGGCCAACGCGGACGGGAUCAGCGCCCUGCACCAGGCCUGCAUAGACGAGAACAUGGAGGUCGUGCAGUUCCUGGUGGAGAGCGGGGCCGACGUGAACCAGGCCGACAACGAGGGCUGGACCCCCCUGCACGUGGCUGCGGCCUGCGGCUGCCGGGACAUCGCACAGUACCUGCUGGAGCACGGCGCGGACGCCGCCGCCGUCACCUGUGACCUGGAGCUGCCGCUGGAGGUGGCCGAGGACGAGGCCCUGGAGGAGCUGCUGAGGGCGGAGCUGCACAGGCGGGGUGUGGAUAUCUCAGCCGCCAAGCGCGCGGAGGAGGAGCGGAUGCUGCGGGACACGCGCCUCUGGUUGGACUCGGGGCAGCUCCGGGAUUGUCCCCACCCGGCCACCGGCGCCAGCGCCCUGCACGUGGCAGCAGCCAAGGGCUACAUCGAGGUCAUGAGGCUCCUGCUGGCCGCCGGCUACGACCCCGACGUGCGGGACAAGGACGGGUGGACGCCGCUGCACGCGGCCGCGCACUGGGGGGUGGAGGAGGCCUGCAGGCUGCUCUGCGAGCACCUGUGCGACAUGAGCCCCCAGAACAACGUGGGGCAGCGUCCCUGUGACCUGGCUGCCGAGGACACCCUGCCCCUGCUGGAGGAGCUGCAGCGGCGCCAGCACCACCUCCGCAGGCAGAAGGACCCGGGGGCCCCUCCCCCACCCCCGGCACCGGAGCCCGAGGGAGCCCCCCCGGCCCCGGGGGGGGGCAGGCACCGCCGGCUGUCGCUGUGCCGCCGCAGCUCCCGCGAGCGGCUCUGGCUGCAGGCCCGGGAGAGGGUGGGGGAGGGGGCGCUGCCCCCCCCCCCUGCGCCCCCCGGGGGGGGGAGGGGACCCCGACAGCGACGAGGGGGGGGGGCAGCGACGGGGAGGAGACCCCCCCGGGGGACCCCCCCGAAGCUCCGCCCCCCAACGGCCCCUCCCCCCCAGAGCCGGUCGGGAUCCUUGGGGGCGUGGCCGAGCCUCGCGCAGGCCCCGCCCCCCGCGCAGGCCCCGCCCCCCGUGCGCCGCUCGGCCUCAUCCCCCGGGCUCAAGGCUCCACCCACGGUUUUGGACCCCUCCCCCACCCAGCGACCCUCCAGCCCCUCCCCCGCCCAGCCUGGACCCCCCCAGGACCCCCCCGAGCCGCGGCCGCGCAGGCCGUUCCAGCCGCCCGCCCGCGAUGAGGAGUCGGAGUCGCAGCGCAAGGCCCGGAGCCGCCUGAUGCGCCAGGCGCGGCGCGCCACGCAGGGCGUGACCCUGCCGGAGCUGCGGGCGGCGGAGCAGGGGAUUGGCCGGGCGGCCGAGGGGCGUGGCCAGGAGCAGCCAAUCAGGGACCAGGGCAGCCGGGAGCCGGCCGGGCGGAGCCGCCGAAGCCCCCGGGGGGGCGGAGCCUGUCCCAGGGCUCGGAGAGCGACGGGCCCGAGGACGCCCCUCCCCCACCCAGCCGCGCCCCCCCCAACGGGCUCCGCCCCCCCCGCCCCUCCCUUCGAUUACCAGCAGCUGUUCCAGGAGCUGUGGGAGGAGAACGAGCGGAUCCGGGAGCAGCUGCAGGAGGCCGAGCUGGCGCUGACCCAGAGCCGGCUGGAGCUGGAGAGGGUCACGCAGCGCCAGGAGCGCAGCGCGGAGCGUCCGGCCCGGCUGGAGCUGGAGAGAUUCGAGCGCCGAGCGCUGGAGCUGAAGGCGGCUGAGCUGGAGGAGGAGCUGAAGGCUCUCUCGGAUCUUCGGGCCGACAACCAGCGGCUCAAGGACGAGAACGCGGCGCUCAUCAGGGUCAUCAGCAAACUCUCCAAGUGACCCCGGGACCCCCCAGACCCCCAAAAUCCCCCCCAAAUUCACCCCCAAACCUCCCCCCAUGCGGGGGCGGAGCCAAAUGCGCCCGGGGCGUGGCCAAAGGAGUGGGUGGAGCCAAAUCGCCAGGGGGCGGAGCCAAAAGGGGGCGGAGCCAUUUUUGUUGCACUGAGGUUGAAGCUGCCAAAAGGGGUGUGGCCAAAAGGGGGGCGUGGUCUGUGAGGGCCAGGCCCCGCCCCCAACCUCUCCCCGCAUGCCAAUCAUGUGCUGUUCGUCCAAUCAGAUUGUGGGGGCGGGGCCUCCCCAGAGCCCCGCCCAUUCCGCCAUUUUCCUGCCCUUCCCUCCCGCCAAUAUUUUUGUGCAGAAAAA